AUGGAAAAUGCCGCCAAACGAGAAGGUCGACCAAACCGGGUCCUGCCAGUUCGUGAUCUUUCCAUAACUCUCGACGCAUUGCAUCAGAGUAGUCGGCCAAGUCAACAGACAUCGCCGCCCAGCACACCGCAUUUUGGUACCUUUUCAAACGAGGCGGAUGACUUGGGGACAACCGAAUCUGGCCAUAUUAGUGAGGAUGAAAAGCCCCUGGUAGCUAUUAUUGGAUGUGGUUAUGUUGGUACCCAGCUCAUUGGGAGCUUUUCGACCCAGUACGAUGUGCUCGGCUUCGAUGUGUCCAAGGAUCAGCUUCGAAGAGUACAGGGUGAAUUUGGAGGCGAAGGAAGCCGCGCAAGUUUCACACUCGAUCCUAGACACCUCACGAAGGCUACUCACUUCCUUAUCUCGGUCCCAACACUGCUGAAAGCGGACAAAACGAUCGAUACUUCAUAUGUCAAGAGCGCUCUGCGAAACGUUCGUAGAUAUGCUCGAGCGGGUUCAACCGUUGUAAUUGAAAGUUCGGUCGCCAUCGGUAUGACGAGGCAGUUGCUCGGUCCUUUGGCCGAAGAAAGGGGAUUUUUUGCGGGCAUGUCCCCUGAGAGAGUCGACCCUGGCCGGACUGAACCGCCAAUGAAAGAGAUCCCGAAGGUACUAUCCGGUUUAGAUGACGUUGUCCCAGGAUCGCUUGACGCUAUUAUCCGGUUGUACUCGCCUGUGUUCGAUACUAUCGUUCCAGUUUCCUCUCCCGAAACGGCUGAGAUGACCAAACUAUACGAGAAUUGCCAAAGGAUGGUGGCGAUUACGUAUGCCAACGAGAUGGCUGAUGCUUGCAUUGGCCACGGCAUCGACCCCUACGAAGUGUGUCAAGCCGCAGCCACGAAACCUUUCGGUUACACACCCUACACUCCAGGUCUUGGUGUCGGAGGCCAUUGUAUUCCUGUUAAUCCAUACUAUCUUAUGGCCAACAAUUCGUUCCCGUUGUUAAAACUAGCGACUGAGACUAUGUGGCAACGACCAGAAAGGAUUGGACAGAGAGCUUUGGAAGCACUUCUGCCUGUGAAACCUCAGGACACUCUAGGCCAAGUCCGGGCGAGGAAGCAUAGUUUGACUCAUAACCCGCUCCACGAGAACCCAUUCCUAAGCUACAAGUCGCCAUUUGACCACAGUGGGGAACAGGUAUCUGCUGUCGAGCUUGCCCUUGACAUCGCCACCAGCGGUAGUGAGAUAGGACGAGCCAACGUAAGACGAGCUAGUAUUGUUAAACCAAGAGUUCUCGUUGUUGGUGUUGGGUUCAAGGCCGGGCAGUCUCAUUUGAGCAACUCUCCGGGAUUGAAGCUCAUCCAGACACUAGCGGACUCGGGUCGUGUUGAUGUUAUGUUUGCCGAUGCGUUAGUUGAGCAAAGCUGCAUUCCACACAUCCCUCGUCUUAGUAUGGACGAUUGGAAUAAGCAAAGCUUAAGACAAUUCGACAUGAUUAUUGCGUCGUUUAGACAAACCGGGAUGGAUUUUAAGAUCCUCGAAGAAAUGGAAGAAGAGGAGAAUGUUAGGAUCGAGAUGUGGUGUCCUUAG